AUGUGCUAUGUAGGCUGUGAUGUCCGUAAUGUGUGCACGCCAAUGUGCUAUGUACGCUGUGAUGUCCGUAUUGUGUGCACACCAAUGUGCUCUGUACGCUGUGAUGUCCGUAUUGUGUGCACACCAAUGUGCUCUGUACGCUGUGAAGUCCGUAUUGUGUGCACACCAAUGUGCUCUGUACGCUGUGAUGUCCGUAUUGUGUGCACACCAAUGUGCUCUGUACGCUGUGAUGUACGUAUUGUGUGCACACCAAUGUGCUCUGUACGCUGUGAUGUCCGUAUUGUGUGCGCUCCAAUGUGCUCUGUACGAUGUGAUAUCCGUAUUGUGUGCACACCAAUGUGCUCUGUACGCUGUGAUGUCCGUAUUGUGUGCACGCCAAUGUGCUCUGUACGCUGUGAUGUCCGUAUUGUGUGCGCACCAAUGUGCUCUGUACGCUGUGAUGUCCGUAUUGUGUGCACACCAAUGUGCUAUGUAGGCUGUGAUGAAAUGUGCUUUUGGUUGUCGUAUUUCUUGUUCCAGUAUGUGUUGUAG